CCGGGCGCGGGGCCGGCGCCGGCGCGGCGCGGGAGGCGACUGAGGCGCGAUGUCGGUGCCGCUGCUCAAGAUCGGGGUCGUGCUGAGCACCAUGGCCAUGAUCACCAACUGGAUGUCCCAGACGCUGCCCUCCCUGGUGGGCCUCAACACCACCAAGCUCUCGGCGGCCAGCGGCGGGACGCUCGACCGCAGCACGGGCGUGCUGCCCACCAACCCAGAGGAGAGCUGGCAGGUAUACAGCUCCGCCCAGGACAGCGAGGGCAGGUGUAUCUGCACAGUGGUCGCCCCCCAGCAGACCAUGUGUUCCCGGGAUGCCCGCACGAAACAGCUGAGGCAGCUACUGGAGAAGGUGCAAAACAUGUCUCAGUCCAUAGAGGUCUUGGACAGGAGGACACAGAGGGACCUGCAGUAUGUGGAGAAGAUGGAGAACCAGAUGAAGGGGCUGGAGUCCAAGUUCAAGCAGGUGGAGGAGAGUCAUAAGCAGCACCUUGCCAGGCAGUUCAAGGCGAUAAAAGCGAAAAUGGAUGAACUUAGGCCUUUGAUCCCUGUGUUGGAAGAGUACAAGGCCGAUGCCAAAUUGGUAUUGCAGUUUAAGGAGGAGGUCCAGAAUCUGACGUCAGUGCUUAACGAACUGCAAGAGGAAAUUGGCGCCUAUGACUACGAUGAACUGCAGAGCAGAGUGUCCAAUCUUGAAGAAAGGCUCCGUGCGUGCAUGCAAAAACUAGCCUGCGGCAAGUUGACGGGCAUAAGUGACCCGGUGACCAUCAAGACUUCCGGCUCAAGGUUCGGGUCCUGGAUGACAGACCCUCUGGCCCCGGAAGGUGACAACAGGGUCUGGUACAUGGACGGCUAUCACAACAACCGCUUCGUCCGCGAGUACAAGUCCAUGGCGGACUUCAUGAACACGGACAACUUCACUUCGCACCGCCUCCCGCACCCCUGGUCGGGCACGGGGCAGGUGGUCUACAAUGGCUCCAUCUACUUCAACAAGUUCCAGAGCCACAUCAUCAUCAGGUUCGACCUGAGGACCGAGGCCAUCCUCAAGACACGCAGCCUGGACUAUGCCGGCUACAACAACAUGUAUCACUACGCCUGGGGUGGCCACUCGGACAUUGACCUCAUGGUGGACGAGAACGGGCUCUGGGCCGUCUAUGCCACCAACCAGAAUGCUGGCAACAUCGUGAUCAGCAAGCUGGACCCCAUCUCGCUGCAGAUCCUGCAGACCUGGAAUACCAGCUACCCCAAGCGCAGUGCCGGCGAGGCCUUCAUCAUCUGUGGGACCCUCUACGUCACCAACGGCUACUCGGGGGGCACCAAGGUCCACUAUGCCUACCAGACCAACGCCUCCACCUACGAGUACAUCGACAUCCCCUUCCAGAACAAAUACUCCCACAUCUCCAUGUUGGACUACAACCCCAAGGACCGCGCGCUGUACGCCUGGAACAACGGACACCAGACCCUCUACAACGUUACCCUCUUCCACGUCAUCCGCUCCGACGAGUUGUAGCUCCUCCACCCAGAAGCCGAGGGUCCAAGUCCUCUCCUCUGAGGGCCCCCCUGCCCCGUGAAACAGCUGCCAAAACAAUACUAAGAAUACUAACAAUACUAAUUUUGAAAAAAAAAAAUCAUCAGCAAUGAUUCUGGCGCCGAGGGACGACAUUGCCUCCGCGUUCCUCCCGCUCAGCUGGUGGGCAACAGAUUUCGGAAGAAACCCCCAUAUUUGCAGCUGGAACUGCAGCCCAAGCCUCCGUGCCCUCCCCACACCCCGUCCCUCUCCGGUCCAGUAACCUACUUCAGCAGCAAGGCAAUGACUGUUGGCCAGUCCCACCCCAGGGCAGCCCACUCUUAGGAUCGCAUGGACAUUCCCUUAGGUCGUGGGCAGCGCCGAUGGGCGUGACGCUCCCUUCGCCCGGAGACCCCCGCCCGCCUGGGCGGCCCCCUCUAGGGCAGGAGGAGCGCACAUCCGUGGCGGCUGCAUUUCCAGACUGUGCUGUGUCUUAGAUUAACCGUGUUGAGGCUGCCAGUAGCUCAUGGACCUGUGUCUAGUCCUUCCCGAAGCGACGGUGGGCGUGUGUAGCGCAGUUGCUGUACCCACGUUUGGACUCGCAUACCCCGUAGAUAUAUCGUGCAGUGUCUGUCUGUUCUCUCCUUGAGGUGGUACCUUCGUGCGUUUAGUGUAUGCGAUGGAUGUUGUUCAUGCAAUGCCGUGGUUUGGAUUAAUAAGUGGAUGGUUCUUGUUUCUAAAAAGAAAUCAGUGUUCACCCUUAUAGAGACCUAGUCGAGUUCAUGUUGAUAAUAAUCAAAGGAAUUCCUCUCUCCUUGUUCAAUUACCUGGAUCGUGUAACUGCAGAUGCGAAGGGCUUGUCUCGGGAAACCCCAGUUUCCGACGGGAAGGAAGCCACGGAAAGCUCACUUUUUAGGUUAAAAAAAGAGGGAAACUUUGUACUAUCCAGUUAUCUAAGGAACAAUAAAAAUAUUAGGAGAUGUUU